AUGGCCCACCAAAUGAGGAGCACCCCCCGUUUGGAAGUAGAUCAGCGUCGACCGAUGCCUCGCCGUCACAUAGCCCGCCCUGGCGUCGCAUCCACGAAUCCCAUCCACUGCCAGCCACAGCCGAUGAACCAAGACCUCCUCCGCAGACAGCAGCAGCAAGACGCCCAGGAGGCCCUGCACAUCGCCCAACCAUGUUAUUUCGUCCCCUUCGUCAUUGGGCCGGCAUGGAUCCUGCAUGAACCUGCCCUGACUCCUGGUCUUUAUUCAUCUCGGCCAUCCGCAACUUCUUUCCUUCCUGGUCAAGGGAAAGACAGCCUGGAUCGGUCUCCCGCGACGCCGACCCGAGCUACUCCCACCUUCGGUCCGCCGCGUCCUUUGUUCGCCUUCCCAGCUGCUGGGUUAACAUUCACCGGCCGAUACUGGUCUCCUGAAAAGUUCGGCCUCGCCUUGCCGCCAACCGAGACCCGCAAGGUCCAGGACGGUCUUCGCCUCACAGCUUUUGGAUCCCCGAGGCGCAAACUAGAGGGAAAAGCCUGCAACUUUACCUCCAUCCCGGCGCUAUACCGUCCAGCCGUCGGUCACAUUCCUGCCUUGUCCCACGUCAUGCUAAGCCCAUCCGUUUCCGUCCCCGCGGCUGAUGGCCCGAGGGGGUCUGGAAGACCCCUGGACUCUCCUCCAAAUGGAAUGCGUGCAAGCCACCAUCUCUACCAAACCGCGGAUGCGAACGCCGCGCCGACCGGUCGUCCCCUGGCCCAAGAUCGGCAAGGGGCCCAUCCCACCGUCCCAUCAACCGCGAUCCCCGCGCCCGCUACCCUGAACAGCAGCAGACAGCCUACCUCGCGACCUCUGUCUCUGGGUCCCCCUCAUGCCACCCCUUCCUCUCUCCAGCAACACUUUCGCCAUCAACGCCAUCAGUCCAGUACAGAACUUCGUCCUGCUGCCGUCUACCCUUCAGCACCUGGCAUCUCCUCCCCGACGAACGAGAGGACGCCGAGACCAAGAUCAAUCGACAUGCCCUUCACCGGAGACACCAGGGCCGGCAGGUCCCCCGAGUCAGGCGCUCGCUCUCUCCUGAGCUCCUGGCUACCAGGGCCCGCUUCUCCCAGCGAGAUGGACAAUCCAUCCUCAACACCUUCCAAGUCACUCAGAAACAACAUGACGCCGCUAAACACCAACGCUUCACCAAACACCUCCCGCUUCGCCUUCAUCUCCUCGUCACUCUCCGCCCUGACCAAGUCUGCCACCUCGCCAACGCGGAAAGCGAAGCAUGACGACGAGCUCCUGAACAUGAACAUUCACGACGCCCUUUUCCCUCCUUCCGCCUCGCCUGCUGGGUCUCGCGACGCCUUUUCACCCGCUUCCUUUAAGAACCUCGAGAUGACGGCCGUUGCGCUCCUGACCAAGUUCCAACAUGCAUACGAAUCGCAGAGCGCCGCGUUGCGGGAAAUGGAAGUCGAGCGCCGCCGAGCGCGAGAAGGAAAUGCAGGCACUCAUGGGCCGCCCUCGAGCGCGAGAAGGCCGCGAACCGCAGCGGCCUAG